ACACACGAUUGGACUCCUUUAAAAAAAAAAAAAACACGAUUGGACCAGUGGAACACUCGCCCCAUCGCACCAUGUCGGCCGCCGAAACCGCCGUUUCUCCGGCGCCGCAGCCGCCAUCGGAUCCGAACGCCGCCGCCAACGCCGACGCGGCCCAUUCCAACUCUUUCUCCAUGGCCGACGAGGCGCAAACCCUAACCGAGGCCCUGCUUCAGCCCCAACCAAACCACAUGUCGCCGCCUCCUUCCGGGGAGGAGGACGACGGGGUCACUGCCUCCGGUGCUCCCGUUGGUGGGGACGCCGCGGCUUCCGCUGCUGCUGCUGCGGCGGCUAACGCGACGAUGGAGGAGCGGGUGAGGGGGCCGUGGUCCCCGGAGGAGGACACGGUGCUGAGCAACCUGGUGGAGAAGCUCGGGGCGCGGAACUGGACGCUGAUCGCGCGCGGCAUCCCGGGCCGCUCCGGCAAGUCCUGCCGCCUGCGCUGGUGCAAUCAACUCGACCCCCAAGUCAAGCGCAAGCCCUUCACUGAAGAGGAGGACCGUAUUAUAAUGGCAGCUCAUGCUGUCCAUGGGAACAAGUGGGCAUGUAUCGCAAAGCUUUUGGAUGGUAGAACCGACAAUGCCAUCAAGAAUCACUGGAAUUCCACCCUGAGGCGUCGAUACUGCAAUGAUGGCCGAUGCAAGCAUGGUGGUUCUGUGCAGCGAAGUAUCCUGGAGGUGUCCAGGGCAGUUUCAGAAGAACCUUGGCCUUCAAAAGAUCUUAGUUCCUUCAAUGCUAUGGAUGUAAGCGAUGCUCCUGUGCAAACAGUUCCAGAGACUUCUGCUGGGGCAUGGCACAUCACAGAUCAGUGUUCUAUGACUCAAGGUGUUGAUCCACCCUACCUGUCCCGACCAGCUGCAAAGAUUGGUGCUUUCAGACCAUACAAUCUAGGACACACAGAACCUACCCAACAAGAAAUUCCAAGUUCUGUCGUCAAGUCUGACUCAACUCAUAAAGUCUUGACUCCUGAAAGUGAGGUUUUCAAGUUUGUUGAUCCUAUAUGCUUUUCUGCUGAGGUGCCAAGCAAAUGUGGGCAUGGUUGCUGCGGUGCUCACAAGCAGCCUCGUAAGAACUCGUUGCUGGGUCCUGAGUUCAAUGAGUUUGAAGAUCAUCCACCGAUUUUAAAUACUAGCUUUGCUUCAUUGGUAUCAGAAAUUAGCAGCAUUGCCUGGAUGAGAAGUGGUAUGCAAAGCAGUGAUGCCAGUACCUUGUUUCAGUCAGUUCCGCCAACCUGACAAAGUAGGAAUCUUAUGAACUUGCACGGUGGAAUAUUUUGUAGUUGUUUGUUAUAUUCAGACAUAGUGAUGUCAGAUCACUAAUUACAAUCCUGAGGCUCACUGUUAAUGGGCGAUGAUGCAUUUUCUUUUGCUGGCAUUAGUUUAUAUUUAUUUCGGUGUUUGCACCAUAAUAUACUUCUGUGUUAUUCUAAAGUAGAUACUGUAUUAUACCGCAUGUGGAUGUGCUGCUUAAGGCAUUGGCCAUGUUUAUUUCAUUGUAGAAAAAAAUGCAUGCUAUUUGUUUGAUGUU